UUUAGUACACCUUGGAUCCGAGAAUAAGAUACACGUAUAGUGUUGAUCGGUUCCGGAUAAGAUGCGUCGUACGAAGUUCCGGAAAUAAGUCAAAAUGAAUCGUGCGUUCUUCACUUUUGUGUCAUUAGGGUUUUUAAGUGUGUGCGGCCAUCAGUAUGUGCUUUUGCAGUCGCCAUGCCCGAAGUAUUUUGACUAUAGUAGUGAUGGCAACGGUGUUUAUGGGGUUAUUAAGUUGCAGCCAUAUAGAUUUGUCUCAAAUCUAGUGCUCCAAGCUAUAUUUACGAUAGCUACUAGAUUACCCUCAAGAUAUGUGGGCAGCAUCGAACCUGUCGGCUCGGAGCAACAUCUCCUGCAUGACUUCAACCGCGGAGUCCCACUGAAAUACCGGGUGAAUUUCCCCGAAGCGUCUGCCGUGCCGCAACUCAUGGCUCUGGUAGUGAACGAUAUCAUUAUAUGUAUAGGACCUGGAGAUACACCAGCUCCAGGAAAGUACAUCACAACGAUAAGUCUCCAACACGUACUUUCCCUGAGACCGGGUGCAAAUGGUCACCACCAUGGACAUAACCAACACCAAAAUCAACGUCCGGGGGUGUACGUGCAUGAGUCGCCACCGAAUUCUCCAAUAAACCUAACUGAUAUCAUCAGUCAUAUUGAUAUAAACAAAAUACAUAUGACGCCUGAUGGCGAAUCGUAUUAUGUGGUAGAAGUGGAAGAUAACAAACCAGGACACCAAUCGCCGGACGGAGACCCGGAAUAUUUCCCCAACAACCAACCUGACUCCUUUACAGAUACUCCUGAAAGGCAUACUACAAAAGUAACGACAGUUAGGACUACUACUACUACUAGGAGAACUACAGAGAGACCCCAAGCUACGUUACCUCCAGAUCCUGUGUAUGAAGUAACACCUAGCACCGGAUCCUCAUCGUCUGCGAGAUGUGGCAUAAACUUCAGAAACGACCCAGAUGCCCCAAUAGUGCCCCUGAUCGUGAAAGGGGAAACUUUCGAGCGUGGAGAAUGGCCGUGGCUGGUGGCGAUUUUCAAGCGGAAAUUCAGUUCGUUGAGCUACAUUUGCGCUGGAACUCUUGUUUCUGAGCGUCAUGUGAUAACUGCGGCUCAUUGCAUGCAACGUAGGAACACUUACACGGCUAUAAAGAACCUCGUGAUAAGAGCAGGAGUGUACAACCUUGACGACUGGAGUGAUGACGAUAUCACAGUGACCCGAGGAUUGGCUGAGGCUUUCAUACACAAUGCUUACAAUUCAUCAACACUUGCAAAUGAUAUCCUCGUGUUGACUCUGGACAAGAUUGUACCUUUGAGCGAAAACAUAAAACCAGCCUGCCUUUGGAGCGGAAAUACAAAUCUGAAUAUGAUCGUCGGAAAAUCAGGAUUUGUGGCCGGAUGGGGUGCCAACGAAAUGGGCACCGGCGGAAAAGGCGAGCCGCGCAUGGUGCAGAUGCCCAUAGUCAGCACUGAAACAUGCCGAUCCAGCAAACCUGAGUUCCACAAACUGACCUCGUCGAAAACGCUUUGUGCGGGAGACCAAAGCGGCUCCGUCCCGUGCUUAGGCGAUUCGGGCGGCGGCCUCUACAUAUUGGAAAAUGGACGUUGGAGGAUACGUGGAGUGGUGUCAUUGUCACUGUGGUCUGAUGGAGACACGGACUGCAACGUCGACGACUACAUAGUGUUCACUGACACAGCUCAAUACUUGCCAUGGAUAUACAGUGUCAUAGCCUACGAAUAAUAUGUAGGUCAUGUCUGUAUAUAUCAAUAUUCCUUAAAUUAUAGUUAUUAAUAAAA